CGCCUCCCAUUCCCCGCCCGAACAACUUCCGAUUCCGUUUCCUCCCAAAAUCCCUAUUUAUUAAUCAAAACCCCGCCUCCCCAAAAUCCCCUCUUUUCCCCCUCCAAAUCUCCGCCGCCCAAUUAACCCAAAUUCCUCCGCCGCGCCUUAAACCCUAAAUGCCCCAAUGUCGCCGUCUCCGGCGACAAACGCCCUCCAAUACUGGCUCUCCGAGCACCCCGCCAUCGUCAACUUCCGCUGGACCACCACCCUCUGGGGAUCCACCUGGUACUUCCUCGUCUCCGCCGUAGCCCUCUACAUCCUCGCCGCCGUCCUCCUCCACCUCCUCCUCUCCCUCCUCCUCUCCCCGCGCCGCCGCGUCCCCCUCGGCCCCAUCCCCGCCGCCCACAGCCUCGCCGUCUCCCUCCUCUCCGCCGCCAUCUUCGCCGGCACCCUCCUCUCCGCCGCCGCCGAGAUCCGCGACACGCGCUGGCUCUGGCGCCGCCGGACCAAGAACUACAACGCCCUCCAGUGGCUCCUCUGCUUCCCCAUCGGCACGCGCGCGUCGGGGCGCGUCUUCUUCUGGUCCUACGCCUUCUACCUCUCCCGCUUCCUCCACCUCCUCCGCACCUUCCUUGUCGUCCUCCGCCGCAGAAAGCUCUCCGCCUUCACCCUCCUCAACCAGUCCUUCCUCCUCGUCACCUCCUUCCUCUGGCUCGAAUUCUCCCAAUCUUUCCAGGUGCUCGCCAUCCUCCUCACCUCGCUCCUCUACGCCGUGGUGUACGGGUACCGGUUCUGGACCGCGGCGGGACUCCCCGGCGCCCGGCCGCGGUUCGGGUUCGUCGUCAAUUGCCAGGUCGUGCUGUUGUGUUGCAAUCUCGUCUGCCAUUCUGCCGUCCUCCUGCUGCAUCUCUCCGGCGGGGGUUGUAAUGGGAUUGGGGCUUGGGGGUUUAAUUCGGUUUUGAACGGGGUGAUUUUGUUGUUGGUGUUCAAGUUCUACAUCGGGAUGCGGUGGAGGAGGAAAAGGGGAUCUGGGGAUGAAGGCGUCGACGGCGAGGAGGGUUCUCACCGGCGGGCUGCGGGGAAGGAAGAGUAGAAUUAGAUUGAAUGGUACAAUCGGAUUUUGGACUUUUCCCUCUUUUUGAUUUUUGUUGUAUAUUAGUUAGGAAAAGAUAUUUUUCGUUUGAACGGGAUCAUGACGUUCAAACUGUACAGAUACCCAAACGGAGUUUGAUGAAUCGAGGUUUAUGAAAUAUACCUGGUUUUUAAACCAGUCAAAUGACAUUGUUUUAGAACUAUGUUCUUCAGUCGUUGUAUAUAGUUUUUUAUUCUAUCUUGCACAAUUGAUUUUAUUAGUCUACAUGUUAUAAGGUUUCAUAAACAUUGAUUUGAAAU